AUGGCGCCCAAGGGAGAUAAAUACUCGGUCAUCUUGCCCACCUUCAACGAGCGCAAGAACUUACCCAUCGUCGCUUGGUUGCUCAACCGCACCUUUACUGAUGCGAAGCUCGAUUGGGAACUCAUCAUUGUCGACGAUGGCUCGCCUGACGGCACCCAGAUCGUCGCUAACCAGCUCGUGAAGGCAUACUCACCCCACGUUAUCCUGAAGACCCGAACCGGCAAACUGGGCCUCGGAACUGCCUAUGUGCACGGCCUGCAAUUCGUGACGGGCAACUUCGUCGUCAUCAUGGACGCCGACUUCAGCCACCACCCCAAGUUUAUCCCCCGCAUGAUCGAGGUCCAGAAGCAGGCCAACUACGACAUCGUGACCGGCACGCGGUACGCUGGCGAUGGUGGUGUUUACGGCUGGGAUCUCAAGCGCAAGUUCGUGUCAAGGGGUGCCAACCUGUUUGCGGAUACCGUGUUGCGACCUGGUGUCAGUGAUCUGACUGGCAGUUUCAGAUUGUACAAGAGGUCCGUCUUGCAAAAGGUCAUUGAGAGCACAGAGAGCAAGGGCUACACUUUCCAGAUGGAGAUGAUGGUCCGCGCCAAGGCUAUGGGAUGUACUGUAGCCGAGGUGCCAAUCUCCUUCGUUGACCGAGUCUACGGUGAGAGCAAACUUGGAGGCGACGAGAUCAUCGAGUAUGCUAAGGGUGUUCUGAACCUCUGGCUCAAGGUGUAA